AUGGACGAUGGCUGGGGCCUCUCUGCCCAGCCGCUGCCCCCGGCCGACCCCAUCGACCCCGACCCCGCAUACGAGAGCGUGCUCCGCUACGAGCAGCGCGCCUCGCACCUCCGCGCGCACGGGCCCAUCUCGCACACCGUCGCCGCGCGCGUCCUCGGCUACCUGCUGCUGCACCCCAUCUCCCCCGCGGGCCGCGAGCGCAUCGCGGCGGACGUGUCGUACUGCUGUGAGGUGGACGCACGACUGUACCGGCUGGGCCUGCUGUUCGUCAAGUACUUUGUGCACCAUUUCAGGUCGAAAGCGAUCGCGACAUCGGAGUCGGAUACGUCGGCGCCCACACGGAAGGUGAAGUUGGACGACUACAUCGAGGCGUGCAAGGGGCCGGACAAUGUACAAUACAAAGCUAAGACCCUCCUCCGCGACGACUUCCGCUGCUCAAUGACCGGCUACACCGACAACCUCAGCGUUGAGCGCGGCCUCACCCGACCCUCCACCAGCAACGUUACCGUCAAGGUCGCGGAAUUUCUGCCCAGGAAUAAAGUCACCCGCGAAUGCGUCGCCGUCCUUUACCGCAUCGGCGCCAUCCCCGACGCGCGGGUCCACGACCCGCACACACCCCGCAACCUCAUCGCCGUCAGCGAACCCAUCAACCUCGCCAUGAACAAGCUCCGCCUCUGCCUCGAGCCCAUCCCCCUCGCCGCCACACACGGCCCCAACGACACGCAGACGCGCUACCGCCUCACCGGGCCCCGCGGCGCGCCGCGCGACUGCCUCCCCGAGAUCGCCCUCCGCGCCUUCGAGGACCCGCGCACGGGGCUGAGCAUCCCGCCGCCCGAUCCGGUGUUCAUACGAACGCACGCGGUGUGCUGCCGGGUCGCGCACCUCUCGGGCGCGAAUGACGCGCUGUCGAAGCUGUACGCGAACAUUCUCUCCACAUCCGUGCUCGAGGAGGACGGGUCGUCGGCGGGCCUGCUGCACGGAGCUCUGGCGUUGCUGGCGGGCUGA